AGACAAGUCCUUCUAAUAGCACAUACGAAGAUUGACGGCGCCAGAUAUUACAAACAUUCGUCUUCAGAAUCAGAAGAAAAGGAAUAUAUUACAUAAUAAUUUGUGAGAUGGCGGAGGAUAAUCUGACAGCAGUGCUACACGCAGCGCAGGAUCUAAGGCUUGAACAAAGAACCAUCCCACAACCUGGACCUGGAGAGGUGCUGCUGCGGGUUGCAAGUGUCGGGAUUUGUGGGUCAGAUGUGCACUACUGGUGGCGCGGCCGUACUGCACGAUUUGUGGUGGAGGCGCCACUUGUGCUGGGUCACGAGUCCUCCGCCACAGUAGUAACCUGCGGCCCCGACGUUCACUCCCUCAAGCCAGGAGACCGCGUGGCCAUCGAGCCAGGAGUGCCUUGUCGGAGGUGUGAGCACUGUCGAGGUGGCCGCUACAACGUGUGUCCCCACGUGAGGUUCUGCGCAACCCCGCCUGUGGACGGCACCCUCACCCGUUACUACGUCCACCCCGCAGACUUCUGCUUCAAGCUGCCAGAUACUGUCAGCGACGAGGAGGGAGCGAUGCUGGAGCCGCUGGCAGUGGCUGUAUAUUCCUGCAGACGUGCCGAGGUGGGGCCAGGCACUCCGGUAUUAGUACUUGGGGCGGGACCCAUCGGGCUGGUGGCUAUCCUAACGGCCAGGGCUAUGGGCGCCGGUCCUAUCUGUGUGACGGAUAUCAAUGAGAGCCGCCUGCAGUUUGCGAAGGAACUCGGAGCUCAUUAUACAGUCAACGUGUUGGGACACAGCGCGAAGGAGGCGGCCGACGAGAUCCUGUCGGUGAUGCCUGACCCGCCAGCCGCCCUGCUGGAGUGUUCAGGGGCAGAUUCCUCUUAUCAGAUCGCCAUCUUGGUGGGCGCCCCGAGGAGCAUACUGGUGACGGUGGGGCGCGGCAAGCCCGAGGUGACCCUGCCCAUUAAUCUGGUCACGGUGAAAGAAAUGGACAUCCGUGGCAUAUUCAGAUAUGCUAACUGCUACCCGGUGGCAUUGUCCCUGGUGGCGUGCGGCAGGGUGGAUGUGAGGCCGCUCAUCACCCACCGCUUCACGCUGCGCCAGGUGGAGGAUGCCUUUCACGCGGCUAAGGAGGGUGUCGCUAUCAAAGUCAUGAUCCGCGUGCAGCAGGAAAACUUUUCCAAGGCCGCUCAGGAUCAAGCAGCGCCGGAACUUGUCUGAUGUUAUAUUUGUAUUUAAUCAUUUCUCAUAAUGAUUUAAUUACUUUGAGUCCCAUGUGCACAGUGGAGAUACCACACGCACAGCCCGAGGAGGUGAAGUGGAAGGCACCAAAUACUUCCAGGAAUAUACGUAUGUGGUAUAAUAGUCAUAAGAUGAACGAUAGUUAAAAUAAAAUAUCUAAUUUGAAUUUAAUGACUUCCUAUGUUAAUUGUAUCGCUGGCUUUUGCAUAAUCGUGUAAAUAAAACAAAGUUUGUUUACUCAAAGCAA